AUGGCUGGUCAGAGGAAAUGUUAUAUUCAAAUGCUGGUGGCGAAUGCAGUGCUGUUUGUGUGUGUUAAUGCCGUGGGUGUGUUUCACCUGUGGCACACUGAACACGCUCAAAGGAAGUCCAGCAAGAAACGGGAAGAUUUCAGCAGAAACCGCGCCACACAAGCCAAACAGAAACGUGACCAGGAGCAUCUUCUGCUGUCUGUGCUGCCGCGAUACAUCGCCAUGGAGCUGAAGACGGAGAUCGUCAAACGUCUGUCGGCCAAAUGCAGCACCGAAGAGAACCUACCAAACUUCCACACUCUCUACGUCCGACAACACAGGGACAUCAGUAUCCUGUACGCUGAUAUCGUGGGCUUCACGCACCUGUCCAGCACCUGCACACCUGAGGAGCUCGUGGCCGUCCUCAACAAACUCUUCGGCAGGUUUGACGACAUCGCCAAGAAGAACGGCUGUCUGCGUAUUAAGAUCCUGGGCGACUGUUAUUACUGUGUGUCGGGUCUUCCUGAUCCGAUCUCUCAUCACGCUCGCAACUGUGUUCAGAUGGGUCUGGACAUGUGCACGGCCAUAAAUAAGCUGAGGGAGGCGACGGAAGUGAACAUCAACAUGCGUGUUGGCGUGCACACGGGUAACGUCCUGUCCGGCGUGAUCGGUCUUCAGAAGUGGCAGUACGACGUCUGGUCAGAUGACGUGACUCUAGCCAAUCACAUGGAGUCUGGAGGAGUGCCUGGGAGAGUCCACAUCACAGAGGAGACGUACGCUCACCUGGACAGGAAAUACCAGGUGGAGGAAGGAAACGGCGGGAGUCGCGCUUCCACGCUGCAGGGAAGGAGAACGUUCCUGGUCAUCGAUCCUUAUGCAGAAAACUCUGACACGACACCGAAGACUCAUGAGCUGAAGGUAGACAGCAAGCCUGUGAACCGUCAGAAGCUCCGCGCGUCGGUUCGGAUGUCACAGUACUUGCAGUCCUGGAACAGCGUCAAACCGUUUUCUGGACUCAACCAACCAGAGGCUUCACUCACAGCCCCACCCACUUCUAACAGCAUCAGCCAACCACAAUGUCUGGAAAAUGGACCGGUAGACUCAUUAGACUCUCUGGGAAAUGAAAAGGAACGAGUGAAGCUGAAUAGUGUGACUUUAUUUUUUAAUAAUAUUAAGCUGGAGAAACAGUAUUCGUUAAGUGAAGCCCAGGGGCUUCAUCGCUCUGUCAUAUGUUUGGCCUUCAUCUUCAUCUCUGUGUUUGUGGUUCAGAUGCUAAUCUCGCAAAAAAAUUUUGCGCUGGCGGUGUCAUAUGGCGCCACUUUCCCUGUCCAAAUACUGAUUGUGCUUGUGGUCUUCACUAAAUUCAUGAAGCGCUGGCACUCUAAGUUUCCCCGCAGCAUCUGCUGGGUCUCGACGCUGUUUGAAGGUGUGGCCACCAGGGCGGCGCUGCGGCUGCUGCUGGUGAUUCUCUGUCUGCUCAUCACGCUGCUCAUGGCAGUGCUGAACAUAGUUUUUAUCCAAGGCGAUAACUGUUUAAAUGUUUCCCACAAUGCAACAGUACUGAACACUCUCAAUCUCUACACUGUGCCGUAUUAUCUGUACUGCUGUCUGCUGGCGAUGUUGGGUGUGAUUGUGUUUGUGCGUGUGAGCAUGUCUGUUAAAGUCUUCCUCCUGACCCUCGCUGUGGUGGUUUAUCUCGCACUCUUCCUUCACGUUUACGCGCCGCGCUCCGACUGCUACAUCAAACAGCUCUAUAGCGACAACAGCACGCCAGGAGUUCUUAAGGAGCCCAAGAUCAUGUCUGGCAUCUGGCUGGUCAUUUUCUAUCUGAUUUCCCUUAUUCUCAUGCGACAGGACGAGCUGGGCUCUCGGACCGAGUUCCUGCUGGAGAAGUGCUUUAAUAAAGAGACGGAGGAAAUGGAGACCACGAAGAACGUCAACAGACUCCUGCUGCAGAACCUUCUGCCAGAACACGUCACAGAAUUCUUCAUCGGCAAAGACAUCCAGAACCAGGACUUGUACAGUAAGUCAUGCGAGUGCGUCUGCGUGAUGUUCGCGUCCGUGCCGCAUUUCUUCAAGGAGUUUUACAACGAGAGCAGCGUGAACAACGACGGUCUGGAGUGCCUUCGCUUCCUCAACGAGAUCAUAUCAGACUUUGACGAGCUGCUCAACAAGCCCAAGUUCAGCGCUGUGGAGAAGAUCAAGACCAUCGGCAGCACCUACAUGGCUGUGGCCGGACUGACCAAUCCUGCCAAGACAGAGGAGAUACGAACGUGUGACAAGACGUACAGUCACAUCCGCAGCAUGCUGGACUUCGCCGUCGCUCUGAUGGGGAGACUGGAGAACAUCAACAUGCACUCCUUCAACAGCUUCAAACUGAGGAUCGGUAUAAAUCACGGUCCUCUGAUCGCAGGCGUCAUCGGCGCUCAUAAACCUCAGUAUGAUAUCUGGGGAAACACGGUUAAUGUGGCCAGCAGGAUGGACAGCACCGGAGUCCUGGAUAAAAUACAGGUGACGGAGGAGACUGCACAGGUGGCUCAGAUACUGGGCUUCAGCGUGACUCUGAGAGGAGUGAUCAACGUGAAGGGCAAAGGUCAGCUGAGCACGUACUUCAUCAACACCGAGCAUCUGAGCACUCAACAGCAGUCGGACACAUCAGUGUGACCAGUGUUUCACGGAGGUCCUGUGCAGUACCAGCCUCACAGCCAUGGCUCUACACAAACUCAACUAGUCUGCACUUAGAUUUAACCAAUUCUAGUACUUUUACAAAAAAAUCUUAACUGUAAAUUUUUGGAAAUUGAGGUUUAU